CAGACAUUUCCUCAUGCAUGAACACGGCGGUGCAACUCCUCUUCCGACGCUCGCUGCCUUCGCUACCGUGGACGCGGCAAGUCCGCGCCGGUCUUCUCCCACUCUUCGCAGCCCACCUCCGCCUCUCCUCCACCGACCUUUUCCGUCUCCCCUCCGCGCUCUCCCUCCGCCUUCCUCCCGACCCCUUCGCUCUCCCCGCCGCCAUCAACGCCUGCGCCGCGCUCCCUAACUCCCUGCCCGUCGGUCGUCAACUGCACGCCAUCUCCCUCGUAUCCGGAAUCUCCGCUGACCCCUUCAUCUCCACCUCGCUAGUCCAUAUGUACCUCAAGUGCGCCGCAUUGCCCGACGCCCACCGGGUGUUCGACGAAACGCCGCAAAGGAGUGUGGCAGUCUGGAGCGCCAUGAUCGCCGGAAACGCCGCCCGUGGACGUGCCGGCGAGGCUUUCCGGUUGCUCAACCAGAUGAGUUCUUCCGGUACCCAACCCAAUCUCAUCACCUUCAAUGGAUUGCUCGUGGGAUUGAACCGCAGCGGGUGCCCUGACAAGACUCUGCCUUUGCUGCAGAGAAUGCACUCCGAGGGCUUCGAACUCGAUUCGGUCGCCGUUUCGAGCGCCCUCUCGGCCGCCGGCGACCUGGUGGACGUCACCGUCGGCUGCCAAAUUCACGGGUACGCGAACAAGACGAGGCUCGAAGCCUACGCCUCCGUGGCAAGCGCUCUCCUCGACAUGUAUGGCAAAUGCAGCCGCGCCGAGGAAAUGCUUCGAGUGUUCGAUGCGUUGGCCUCGCCGGACGUCGCUUCCCGCAGCGCUCUUCUCGCCGGCCUCUCGAGGAACGGCCGCGUCGACGACGCCUUGGCGGCGUUCGCCGAGUUCCGAGCGCAAGGCGCGGAGCUCAAUGUAGUGUGUUGGAACUCAAUGGUGGCUUGCUGCUCGCAGAAUGGGAAGGACAUGGAAGCUCUGGAGCUCUUUAGGCAGAUGCAGAGCGCCGGGGAGGAGCCGAACGCAGUGACGAUUCCAUGCCUGCUACCUGCUUGUGGAAAUGUCGCAGCCUUAAUGCACGGUAAAUCUGCUCAUUGUUUCUCCCUCCGACAAGGCAUCAUUGUGGACGUGUAUGUGGCUAGUUCCCUCGUCGACAUGUAUGCCAAGUGCGGCCGAAUAACUGAUGCUCGGGUUGUGUUCGACGCAAUGCCGAAAAGGAAUGUCGUCACUUGGAACGCGAUCAUCGGAGGAUAUGCGAUGCACGGGCUGGCGAAUGAUGCGAUCGAGAUGUUCGUUUCGAUGAAGAGGCACCGGCAGAAGCCGGACAAUGUGACCUUCAUCUGCCUGCUCUCCGCUUGUAGCCAAGCCGGGCUAACGGAGGAGGGAGAGCACUUUUUCGACGAAAUGCAGAACGAGCAUGGGAUCGAUGCGGCUGUUGUGCAUUACGCGUGCAUAGUGAGCUUGCUCGGUCGUGCAGGGCGGUUGGAUGAGGCUCAUGAGCUUAUAAGGAAGAUGGGGAAUGAAGCUGAUAGUUGUGUGUGGGGUGCAUUGCUCAGUGCUUGUAGUGUUCAUGGCAAUGUUGCACUGGCAGAGGUUGCGACGAAGAGACUAUUCGAGUUGGAGCCUACGAAUGCUGGAAAUUACGUGCUGCUUUCGAACAUCUACGCGUCCAAAGGAAUGCUUGACGAAGUCGAAAGGGUGAGGGAGAUGAUGAACGCAAUGGGCGUGAAGAAGAACCCGGGAUGUAGUUGGAUCGAAAUAAGAAACAAGGUGCAUAUGCUGUUAUCUGGUGACAAGUCUCAUCCCCAAAUGAGCAACAUUAGCGAGAAGCUGGAGAGGCUCGGUGUGGAGAUGAAGAGACUAGGUUAUCGCCCGAGCAUCAGCCUCGUCUUCCAGGAUGUCGAGGAGCAAGACAAAGAGUACAUUCUGUGUGGGCAUAGCGAGAAGUUGGCAGUGGCAUUAGGACUCGUAAGCACCCCCGCGGGGACUUCACUUCGAGUGAUAAAAAAUCUCCGCAUCUGUGGAGAUUGCCAUGCCACGAUAAAAUUUAUCUCCAUGUUUGAGGGGAGGGAGAUACUUGUGAGAGAUACGAAUCGGUAUCAUCAGUUCAAGGGUGGAAGUUGCUCUUGUGGUGACUAUUGGUGAACAUUUCGGAAACUCCAAGUGAAACAUAUAUUGAGAGAUCAAAGCCCGUAGUGCUACAUUUUCGCGAUAGCAACUACAUUCUAAUAUCCAGGACGGGUUCCAAGUAUAAUUCUUGAAUCGCAAAAUUGAGCUGACAAAGAUAAACACUAACUUAUAAAGCAGAACCGAAGCUCCUUGUUGCUUAUCAAUGAUGGCUUACUCCACUGAUCCGAUCUAUCGUCUAGCAGCAUUUGCCGUAGCUUCUUGUGGUGGCUCGGCGCAAGCUCUCAAGACUGCUUCACUCUGCAAUAAACAUGAACUAGCAAUCUAGAAAUACUGAUUUUCAAGGAAAAGAUAGAAAUUUAACUACGGCGAUUGAAACGAAAGUACCGCAAUCAAAGAGUAUCUUAUGAUUACAAAUAACAUAGGAUUGCACAGCCAUCCAUGUAGUUGAUCCCAAAAUGAUUAUGACAAUCCAAGAGCAAUUAGCCUUAGCUCCAAUGCAUGAUGAAAUGAGAGAAGAUACCAGUAAAAUUGCUGAAAGUUGAAGAGGUAGAGAAGAGAUGGAGGCAAGAAAUUAUAUUAAUGUAAUGAAAAUGAUUAAAGAUCUAAAUGAUUAAAAUCAGAAGUACAAACUUAGAAGCAUUUGAGUCCAUAGUUUGAGUUCAAUACCUUAACAGUAAAUCUGAAAAACUAAUAGUGAAAACAUUUAGAUACCACUAAUAAUUUCCUUCCAAUCCAUCAUUUAGCUUGAUCAGAGUUCAUACAAUCUAAGUUAAUAACAUUAAGUUAAUCAUGUCAACUUACUUAUUCCUGCGAUAUUAUUGUUUUUACUUGUCAUUACCUUGAGUGACUUGUUUGUCAUAUUCAACCAUUAUUUCUUUGCUGUUAUGUUGACGACUAGUUGCAGCUUUCAUUCCUUCUAGUUCUAGUUUUACCUAAAAACAGUUUACCUGUAAUGUAAGCUUGCGCUAUGUUGAUUUUGGCGUGUUUACUUGAAGGAAAGAGGCAAGCAAAGUAAAGAAAGCAAUGCAUUCAUUUUUUUUAUUUUGUCCGACUCGAGAAGUCUAAUAAGAAUAUUCAAGGUCAUUGUUUCUUGGUUUCUCUUCGAUCCAAGUGAACUAGGCAAAUUUCUUUUCUCAUAGCUGAGCUAUUUCUUUUCUUUCUUCUAUCUCCUCU